AUGUCGUAUCAAGGUCACGGGGAAGUGCAGGCAGGAGGCCCUGCUGUACCACCCUUGCCACCGCGCACUGUGGCCGUGACCUGCACGCAUCCUUUAGAUAACGGAGUCAGCAGCACCCUGGUCAACGGCGUCAUUCUAUUCCUGGCAGGAAGGAAGGAGCCUUUUUUCCUCACCAAGGCGCUUCCAUUGUUGGAGAAGCACUUUCUUGCUCGCUAUCCUUACCCAGUGCACAUCUUCCACGAAGACAUGCCUGAAGAGAAGCAAGUGGCGAUUCGUCGUGCGAUACCUUCAGCGCGAAAGGUGGACUUUGAGGAUGUGGGAAGGUUCUGGCGCAAACUACCGGAUGGUGUGUCAGAAGAGAAGCUUCGUGCGUGGAUGAGAGCACCACAGCAGCGGAGAUAUCAGGGUCGUGGGUAUCGCCUUAUGUGUCGCUUUUGGGCAGGACUUGUGUGGCAGCUGCCGUCACUGGACGCCUACGAGUACUAUUGGAGGCUGGACACGGAUUCAUACAUCAGAGCUUCUGUGCCGUGCGAUGUUUUUUGGUUGAUGCGAUCGAGCCAAUGUGCGUAUGGAUACCGACACGUUACGAGCGACCACAUCCCUGUUGUGGUUGAUCUAUGGCCAACGUUUGUGAAGUGGGCCAACACAGCGCUACCAGCACCAGAGCUCGAGGAGGUGACGAGCUUUGCCUUCAAUGGCAGUGCAACUGGCUACAGGGGAAUCAUGUACUACAACAACUUUGAGCUGGGCACCAUGGCACUGAAGCGUCACCCGCUGUAUAUGUCCUUGUUCCGUUUCCUGGACGAGGAGGAGCCGCGUGGAAUCAUGCGGUACCGCUGGGGUGAUGCACCGAUUCACACACUUGGCGUUGAGGUUGUACUACGCCGAGAAGGAUGGAAGAAAUGCCGGUUUGACAAGCGCUUUGCAUAG